UAACUCACUGCGCUUCCUUUCAUCAACACUGUCAAGUGUAACAUCGUCACCCUCUUGAGCGAGACCGAUGAGCGCGUAGAGCACAUUGAAUUCGUUCCUUUCCAAGACAGCCGAUUCCUGACCUGGUUGCACGACGAUGUCCAAGAUCUUCGACUGCGUAUCGUUGGCUUCGAGCAGCAAAUCGUAUGCGUCAAUGUAUGAAUCGGGCACGUCGGACGCAGGAAGCAGCGACUUCACGAGCGAUCCGCGCGCCGGUUUCUUUGGGGUUGGAAAUCCCCACGGUGAAUCGUCGCCACCCUGGAGAUCAUCGGCAAAUAGGCUGUUGCCUGUAGGCUUCGGGUCGUCAUCGAAGAGCGAGGAGCUCUGCUUGGGUUUCGGGCGCGAGGGCAGGUCCUCAUCGCCGAAGAGAGACAUGACGAGAGGUAGCGAAUGGCGCGUAGGGUUUGGAUUGGUAUUUGUCGGGUUAUAUCAGAGCAUGGAAGCCCUACAAAGUCGCCGUGUGCAGUCAGAUCAGAUGGGACGCUCACAACGACGAUAACAUGGACAGUGGACGUCGUCACUCGAGCUAUGAUGAUAACGUACGGAUGGUCCAAGCUUGUACCUCAAGUCAAGUCAAGUCAAGUCAAGGUACCUAGCGCCACAUCAUCUUGGCCGAACUACCCGCUACAUUCACGGAUAGAUGCACUGCCCAAUCGUGCUUUCGAGAUUGUUCAUAUUUCACAAGUAUCCUCUAUCCAAGGUAUCCACGGAGUAAGUAAUUUUUAUUGGGCUCAAUUCGGCUUGUUGGGUAACUCGUCGCGCUACAACAUAUAUGCAGCGCGCGACGAGUCACCCAAUGGCAUGCUCCUCUCCUAUCCACCUGUUCCCAGCAACUACAUGCAG